CCGUUCCCUUUAAGCUGGCAGGCUGUAAUUUCUGGUUGACCCGAUCAGAAUCAUUUCGCUCCUGGAAGUUUUGGCGACACGGGAUAAGUGACAAGUAGUUGACACAUAUUCAUCUGAAACACAACCUCUUAUUAUGCUCUGACACGUCAGGCAUCUGGUUGGCUGGCCCUGCUUCCUGUCCGGUAAGGCCUGCCCCUGUGGAGGCACUAGCAUGCAGUUCCUCUGUGUGUCCAUGGGGUGGAGCUGCUGAGCCAUGGAUGACUUCACUACCAAUGAUUUCACCACCAGAACAUAUGGCACCAGCGGCCUUGACAACAGACUGCUGUUUGGAGAAACCUCUGCUCGGGACCGAGCCGUCAACCUGGUGGUGGGAGGACUGACAUCCCUGCUCGUUGCAGUAACAGUGAUCAGUUCAUUCGUGUUCCCCUCGCUGCCUCCCUGGCCACUCAACGUCUUCUUGGCUUUCUGUAUCCUGCUGACCUGCGGCUCGGCCAUGGUGCUGAUUGUCUGGUACCGGCAGGGGGACUUGGAUCCGAAGUUCAGGAAGUUAAUCUACUACAUGUUGGCCUCCAUCAUGCUGCUGUGUCUCUGUGCUAACCUGUACUUCCACGACGUGGGCAGAGGGACGUGAGACAUGCCUUACCCUUACAGCCACACACAGUCACUGACUGGACUAGUGGAACCAGGUGGACUAGUGGAACCAGUUAUACCAGGAGGAUGGUCGACCUGCCCGGUACCAGUUCCGGUUCCGGUGGGGGGGGGGGG